AUGGCUCUCAAGAGGCUCACCCAGGAACUGACUCCGCUCGGCAAGGAGAAGUGGGUUGAUAUCGAGACGUCCCCGGCCCCGCCGUACCAGCCCGACGAGGCCAACAUGCUCAGGUGGAAACUUGGCCUCUGGGUCGUCAACCCGGACAGCGUCUGGCACGGAGCCUACCUCAGAGCCGAGAUGCGAUUCCCCAACGACUACCCCUACCAGCCGCCGGCAUUCCGCUUCCUGACCAAGAACAUCUGCCAUCCCAACGUCUACCCCGACGGCAACCUCUGCAUCUCGAUCCUCCACAAGCCGGGCGACGACGUGCAGUCGGGAGAGCUGGCCAGCGAGCGGUGGAACGUGCUCCACGGCGUCGAGUCCGUGCUCCGAUCCGUCCUCCUCCUGCUCGACGACCCGGAGAUCAACUCACCCGCCAACGUCGACGCCGGCGUCAUGUACCGCGACCAGAGGGCCCGGUACGACGAGCUGGCCAAGGCCACCGUCGCCAAGUCCCAGAGGGACGUGCCCGCCGGGAAUAGGAUGCCUACGGUCGAGGAGCUCACGCCCGCACCUGUCAAUUCAGCACCUCGGCUUGCUCUGGCCAAGUCCGUUCGGGGCAUCGUCAUCGAAGCCGGCUGCGAUGUCGCCGGUCGCGCUGUGCUUAUCUUAUCAGCUACCCCAGCCGACGCUGAGAAGUACCGGCAGUGA